AGGCAUUGACGCCUCGAAGGAGUCCUCCUCCCCCUCCGCUCCUUCUCACCGCCACUGCCGUGUCCCCUCCGCCUCCCCCGUAUCCCUCUCCUCCGCCGUUUUCGAUCCGCUUCGCUCCGAUCGCUAUGCGGAGGCUUCGAGGCUCGAUGCGUUGGUCGGCCUCGAUUCCUCGCCUUCUCCUGUUCGGUUGCGUCUUGCUCUACUCGAUUCCUGGCAUUCUUUCAUCAAGGAUAGUUUCCCUAGGUUCAAUUGUGAUAUUCGCUACUCAUGAAUGGCUACCUAUGAAACCAAUCGUUUAUUUUCAUUGUCAAGGAGAAAACAAGACUGUCUUGCCUGAUGUAAAGGAAAAAGAUAUUUUAUACACUUUCCGUGGUGAAGAAUCUUGGCAGCCUCUGACACAACUUCCGGAGAAAAAAUGUAAAAGAUGCGGUUUCUAUGAACAAGACACUUUUAAAGCUGAUGAUGUCUUUGAUGAGUGGGAGCUUUGUGCUGGUAAUUUUGUGGAUGGAAAAUAUGUUCGUAAAAAGAACAAAGAAUUCAACGCCACGUUCAUAUGCCCUCGGUGCACUGCUUCCGAUGGUGUUGAUGAGACUCUCGAAUCAAAGGACGAGGCUUCUGGCAGGAGAGGGAAAAUGGUUACAGUCAUAAUUAUAUGCGUAUUUGCUGCUUCUUUUGUAAUGGUUGCUGGUAUAGUAGCCUUGUAUAAAUAUUGGCAAAAGAGAAAGAGGGAGCAAGACCAGGCACGAUUUCUAAAACUCUUUGAAGAGGGGGAUGAUAUUGAAGAUGAACUGGGUCUAGGUUAUAUAAUAUGACAAUGACAUGUGAAGACAUUUUGGACCCUAAUUUUUUUUUAUAUGUGUAAAAAAAUGGCAUAUAGUGUUUGUAAAUGAUACAAGCUUGUUGCAAAGUUUUGGUCAUUAGCACAUUACAAUCUUAUUCAA